AUGACCUGGCGGUGCAUUUGGAGGUUGUCAUGCAUUGCACUCGGAGCAGCUCUGAAAGAGGGCAGCCCUGUGAUUGGCAUGUUCUCCCUGCCAACUGCCCCGAUGUUCUGCAGCAACUCCAAUUGCGAGGUUUUGCCAGCUUCAUAUGUGAAGUUCAUUGAGUCUGCCGGUGGUGAAGUUGUGCCUGUCAGCUUCAAUGCAACCGACUCUGAGAUGGACCAACUUCUCGAGUCCCUGAACGGCUUCCUGUUCACUGGAGGUGCCGACUUGAAGCCACCUCCAGCAGCUCUACGUGUUCUCCAACGAUCUGAGGAACUGUUUAAGGUUGGCGAUCCUCACAACCAGCUGCCGCUGUGGGGAACUUGCCUGGGCUUUGAAUGGCUGGUUGCCGCCACAUCGCCACCUAGCCUGAUCUCUGGCUUCAGGGCAGACAAUGUGAAUCUUCCGCUCCACUUCUUGCCAGAAGCAGGGGCUUCCAGGUUGUUUGGAAAGGCGCCACAUCACAUUCUGGAUGCCUUGAAGUUCAAGAACGUUAGUUUCAACUCGCACCAUCGGGGAGUUCGUCCUGUUGAAUGGAGCAAGCGCCCUGAGCUAAGAACGACUCUGAAGGUACUUGCAACGAGUCUUGACGAAGAUGGCAAGGAGUUUGUUAGUGCCAUUGAGGGUGUGGACGGCUUACCCUGGUUCGGGGUGCAGUUUCAUCCUGAAAAGAACGCUUUUGAGCAUGGCUUUCUUCCGGACGGACAACCCGCAGCGCUGGCAAAGCACACUCCAGAGGCAAUUUCCGUCACGCAGUUCUUCGCAAAUUUCUUUGUUGAGCAGGCAAGGCAGAACAGAAGGAAUUUCCAAUCCGUGGCUGAUGAGGCAAAACACCUUAUUUAUGGUCACCAGACAUCGCGGGCGUUCCAGCCAUACUUCGAUGAGGUCUUUCUAUUUUCAACCUCGGCUUCCAGCAAUGAGAUGAACCCUGCACCGCCAGCAGGGCACAUUUUAGUUUGA